GUUCUCAAUUCUUCUCUCAAUCUUCUUUGGUUUUUCUGCAUUCUUUCACUCUCCCGUCUCUAUCAUUGUGAUGAUAUAAACAAUAUAUUAAUACCUUUAUCUACUAUGGUUCUUAGCUAAACAGUACCUCCCUUCUGUUCUCCUUUCCUUUCAAAAACAGUGUCUUUGUUUCACAGUCUUCUUCAACUUCAAACUUGAAAGUUGGGAUCUUUGUAGUCACAGAUGUGCUGAUGCUGUUCACUGUUCAGUAUUCACUUCAGGGCACUGAAAAAGAUGAACAAGCUGUUGAUCUGCUUCAUGGUUUUAGAAAAAUCAACUGACCAUUCAAAACUAAGUGUUAAGGAAUUAGGACAAUGUAUUUGAGGAUUUGAGUUAACUUCCCUACUUAAUUUUUAAAGCAUCUGAAUAAUGGAAAUUGAAAUCACAAUAAAGGAAUUCGAAUAUUUCUAGUGCAAUGAAGGUCAGGUCUAUCUCAUUCUUUUCUUGAUCUAGUGAUGGCACUUACUGCAAACAAGAUUUCAAGCGGUCCUAUCGUGACUAAUAGAACAGCUAUUUGUAGAUCACAUGAAAAAAAUUGUGUUUUCGUAUCAACAAGGAUCAACAGAAUACAGCCUUCAAGGCAUAGACUGGAGCAUGGACAUCUGAAGAAUGGAUGUCUCCUCGAAGAGAGAUCAACCUUAUCCAACGACUGGUUUUGGUUCACUAAUAGAAAACCAGUUAGUUUAACCUCCAAGAAAUCUUCCAUCUCAUGUAAAUCAACAGGAGCAAAUAAUACUGAAGAGAAAGAACUCAUUGCAACUUAUGAUGAUGUUUCUGAUUUAACGAGAUUGCAUUCCAAAGAUGAGAAAAAUGACCGCACUCGUUCUAUUCACGGCUUGGCUGAAGCUUGUAAAUUCGUUUUCAAUGAUGCGAAGUUUCUCUCUCAUGGCAUAAUGAGCCUGGAUGCCCGUGCACGCCAAGAUGUUGCUUUGUUAGGGACAGAAUUUCUCAAACUUGAUGCUCGGGCAAGAGAGGAUACAGAGAAAAUUGACCGUGGUGUCAAGGAAAAAGCUGGGCGUCUUAAUCGUAUUGCUACUAUCUUGAAGGAUAUAGCCAAAUCCAGAUUGAAGAGUGCUGCUGAUGAGCACUGGAGUGAUGGGGCCUUAGAGGCUGAUUUGCGUCUUGCUGACUUCCGUGCUAAGCAACGUGCAAUGGAAGAUGCCCUUAUGGCCUUGGAGCUCAUCAUAAACAUCCAUGACAGGAUGGUCAGCAAGAUGUAUAACUUUCCUCUUCGCAUAGUUAAAGGUUCUCUUUCAGAAAAUAAUGUAAGAGGUCAAAUCAUGCUUGAAAAGAAUGGAAAAGCCACAGAUUCCUUUCCUGGGGAUGUGACCACAGAACGGAUUACUGCUCUUCAGGAAGCUUACUGGAGUAUGGCAUCAGCACUUUCUGAAGCAGAUGGAAUUGAUUACACUGAUCCUGAAGAGCUUGAGUUGUUGAUUACAACUCUUAUAGACCUUGAUGCAAUGGAUGGUAAACAAAGUGUAUCUCUGUUAGCAGAAUGUUCGAGUUCCCCUGAUGUCAGUACUAGACGCGCUUUAGCCAAUGCACUGGCAGCAGCACCAUCAAUGUGGACUCUUGGAAAUGCAGGGAUGGGGGCAUUACAGAGACUGGCAGAAGAUAGCAACCCAGCUAUUGCUGCUGCAGCAUCCAAAGCUAUUUAUGAACUGAAAAAACAAUGGGAAAUAGAGGAAGGGGAUAGCUGGAGGUUUAUGAUGGGCGCAAACACCGAGGAAGAAAAAGAACGCAGAGAAUAUGAUAAUGAAGAAGAUACCAAAUAAGAAAUAUUUUAUGCUUUAAACUGUACAGCAUAGAUGCCUCCCAAGGAUUCUAACUAGUUUAGGAUUAACAAAUAUGAUCACUGGAAACAGAGAAAGUGUAAGAUGCCAUUAUGUUGGUUAUUUGCAUAAAAUGCAGAGCUUUCCUCAUACAUACAUGAAUCAUAGAUGCACCUUUCUAAUUAUACCUGUUUGUAAUUUAGAGUGUUCUAUAUCACAUAUAUGUUGGAGAGGCAUCUUAAAUGAUGCUGAUAUGGGGCUUGUAGGGGUGGCAUCAUGCCUGUUUGAGCAUUGAGUUAUUUCUUCCCUUGGUGUUGGAUUAUUUCAAUAGUUAGAAAAUAAUUAUUGUGGCAGUGUAAAUUCAUUGUUGAAACAAACUCAAGCAAGAUAUAGAUUUUUGUUUUACCUUUUC